CAGAGGUCGCAUGGCAGAGAGGGAAGUCCGACCACUUCUGUGUACUGGAACCAGUGCGAGAAUGUGUGCACGUCCAUAACAAAGCCUGUGUGAGCGCACACACACAUACACACAGAGAGAGAGAGAGAGAGAGAGAGAGAGAGAGAGAGAGAGAGAGAGAAAGGAGCCUGUGACAUUUGAUGGUGGAGAGCGCAAAGAAGUGUUAUUAAGUUGGAACGUUUGACUUGAUUUGUUGUGGAAUACCGGGAUACGGCUUUGGCAGCACAUGUGCAUCCAUGACAAUUGUGUUUGCAGCGAGGGACGAUUCGAGGACCACUGAGAAUCAGCACCGCACUUAAAAGUGCACCGAAAACAACUUCUUUUCCUCCCUUCUGUUUGUUUCUCUUUCUCCAUCUGCUUUGUUGCUUUUGACGACACAACAAUCCACGCUGGAAGUGAUUUGAUGCGUUCAGGCUCGCUCAACCUGAGAUGGACGUGAGAUUUUACCCUGCACCCCCGGCCAAUGUGGGUUCAUGCUCCCUACCUGCUGAUCCAAGCUGCUUGAGCCCGCUGGACUAUUACCACUCCAACAAGGCUCGGUACAGUGUGGCUGAGCGAGGGGUAAGGCUCCACUCUGCCCCCCCUCCAGGCACCAGUCCAGCUAGGAAAAGACUGCCCACUGCUGUGUUUGAUGGUGACAACAUGUACAUGAAUGACAAUAACCAAGAGUUUCGGUCACCAAGCCAGAGCUAUUCCAGUCAGGGCAGAGGCAGCAGUGGUGGCGGCGGUGGAGGAGGUGGAGCAGGGGAUGAAGACUACGAGAUUCCGCCUAUUACACCCCCCAACCAUGCCGACCCCUCUCUACUGCACCUCAUGGAGCAUGAGUCAGGGUACCCUUUCCACUCCUUGCCUCACAACGGCCUGCUCAACACCUACUCCUACCCUGAGCUUCCCGCCCUUAUGAUGUCCAACAUGCUGGGUCAGGACACCCACCUCCUCUCGGGGCCUAUGCACUCAAUAAGCAAUGACAAGCGGACCUCAGUAGAAAUGAUGAAGCCCAAACCAAAACCACAAAAGAAGAAGAAGAAGAAGGACCCCAACGAGCCGCAGAAACCUGUGUCAGCUUAUGCUCUCUUCUUCCGAGACACCCAGGCAGCCAUUAAGGGUCAGAACCCCAAUGCCACCUUUGGAGACGUCUCCAAGAUUGUGGCCUCAAUGUGGGACAGCUUAGGAGAGGAACAGAAGCAAGGUUACAAGAGGAAAACUGAGGCUGCAAAGAAGGAGUACCUGAAAGCCUUGGCGGCAUACAGAGCCAGUCUGGUUUCCAAGACAUAUAAUGAUCUGGAGCCAAAAAGUGCCCAGCAGACAAGCCAGCCCUCUCACCUGCUGCCCCCAAAGCAGCCCCUGUACAGCCCCCAGCCCUCCUCCCCCUACCUGGGCCCGUCAGGCUCCUUCCCCCUGUCGGAUCUCCAGAGCUACGGUGGACCUGCGCGCCACAGCCUGGCCUCCACCCUCAGCCAAUCGCAGAUGCUGCCACCUAGCAUGAGUGCCUCACCCCCUGCCCCUUUCCAGAUCAGCCCACCCCUUCACCCCCAUGCCCAGCUCUCCCUGCACCAGAGCUCCCUGCUCAACCAGCCAAUCCGCAUGCAGCAGUCACAGCCAAUCAUCUCGCACCAAAUGGGGCUCCCGGCACCUUUGCAUUCCCCUCCUCUCGGACAACAGGGGUUUUCCCACAUUCAGGCGGAUUACCAGAACAGUGUCGGGGGCUCACAGUCUCCAGGCGCCCCAAACCCAGUUCAUGGUCAGAACCCUGACUGGGAUAGUGAAUACUGCAACAGAGAUUGUGGACCCAACCAUUGCAGCAGUGGCAUGGGAGCUCGGGACAAGCCUCUCUACCUCACUUGAAGUUGACAGACCUCCACACGCGUGCGACUCCAGGGAGAUUUCCAACAUAACAUCGUCCAUAUAUCUGCUUCAACACCAUUUGGGUUUAGUUUCUUUUUUCUCCUUCUUCUUCUUCUGCCGGAUUUUGAAAAUCCCAAAGACUGCUCCAGCAUCUUCACCUAUUUGCCAAGCACUUAGAUCGGCCACAAGCCUGAGGCACUUUUCUUUUCUCUCUCUCUUAUCAGUCAACUUUUGCUUUUUUUGCGGGGGCAGUGAGCUAUGAGCUCAUGCCAGCCGACUGACUUCAUUUUGUUUUGGAAUUUCUAAAGAUGCUUUCUUUCCACUUGCUCCUCAUCGGGGAGGUGACGUGCUCUAAGCAUCCUCCAAGAGAAAGGCUCUCAAAUUGUUGGCACUUCAGCAGGGGUGCACGUAUUUCAGGACUUUAUUUGUAAAAGCAUCGUUGCCCCUAAUGAAGGACUCGCUCAUUUCCUGUAUUUCCUCACAGAGAGAUUGUAAAUAUCACCAAAAACAGCAGCAGACGACAACAACAGCUCUUAUGUGUGUAUUUAGCUGCAGGCCCUCGCUUUCUUUGCUUUUAACGAUGGUUUCAUUUGAUCAUGAAGCCGAGGGAGGAUUUAUGAAGGGAAUACGCACACUAAAACUUGUGUUCAAGCGGUCUGGUUUCCCUCCAAACUUGAGAGGAAAAAUAACAAUCCCAUUUCCUUGACGAUGGGGAGCCGUCGUCACAUGACCUCAGGACGUUGCAGAACUGCAGAGGUCAAAGUUUUCCACCUUUUUGACCUUCCUCCACCACCUAUAACCCCGCCCCCUUCCUUUGUCCCCCCCAACACCACUUGUACAGGUGAAUUAAAAAAAAAACUAAAUGUGAAAUGUUAACUAAAGAAAAAAAACAGUGGGUUUUGAAGUUUUGACUAGUUUUAUUAGGUGUUUUAGAAUUGUGUUGAACUCAUCUUUUAUGAAGAAUUUUAAAAAGUCUAUUUUGGUUUUCACUGUAGCAGGAAUUAAGAUGGAAGGACAUCUGGGUAAAUAAUUCACUUUGUGUAUCAAGCCUGCCAAAUCCACUUCUUGUCAUCAACUACUUUUGUUUGACAUAAUGGACAUUAUUCUUUAUUGGCUUGAACGGUUUCACAUCAUUGAUAAAGAAGUGCUGGCUUUUUCCAUCAGGGUGCAUUAUUAUUAUUAUUAUUAAUUAUUAUUAUUAUUGCUGUUGGUACAUUACCACUGGACCAGCAUUAGCUUCAUUCCGUGUCACAAAUAUUCCUUUGUUUUCUUUUUGUCUGUAAUAAAAUGUUGAAAGUA